CAUAAAGAGGAGUUUUCUGCUAUACGUUCAAUCAAGCAUAUGGAUGAAGAAACGAGGGAUGUGAAAAAAGGAUAUUACACAAGGUGGAAGUCAUAAGGUAAUUGAAGAGAAAAAGAAAGAUGGAAAACGAAGAAUGGAAAGAGCGAUCGGUUCCAUCCCAGAUGUACUGGUGUUCUAGUUUUAUCAUCACAACAUAUACCGUCUUCGCCGAAUCUUGAAUAGAUGGAGAAAAGAAAGGAACAUUCUGGCAUCCACUUUCAUUGCUGUUCACUCUACCAGACUUUCAGAUACUGAUGAAAAUGAAAGAAUUCAUGUUGAUGAUAUUGUUGGGAUUAUCAUAUGUGCCAAGCUCAAUAUCAAGCUGGGAUGGAUGCGGUGGAAGAUUAGAACGUGCUCUAGACGCAAUGCAGAGAGAUUCUGCAAGGAAAAAUAAACGUGAAAAUGAAGAUCAAAGUGUUAUUUAUCAACAAAAACUUACAACAGCUCCUUUUGAAAUGACUGUUACUCAUCUUGUUGUAAAGGUACCUGCAGGAGGAGAAACAACUCGUGACAGUUCUUGGGCAAGAGUAGAGAAGUGUCACUACGAACCAAGUAACAACUCUCUUCGAAGUCGUGUAAUGUUAAAUGAUUUAUCAGUAUCCGGUAUAGUGUCAAUAACACCAAGUCAGAGACGGCUGUCAAAAGUUGGUGAAUCUUGUCGAAUGAGUUUAAGACUGAAGCGUGCUGGUAUUGAAUUUUUUACCAGUCCUAUUGCUCGUUCUCGAGGACAAAUGAGAAUACGAACAGAAUCUAGUUUCUUAGAGCCAAGAUUUGCAUCUAUUUAUGCUUAUGGUUGUCGACCAACAAGUCGAAUGGAUAGACAAAUUAAAAGGCAUGAUAAGCCGAUUCCUUCUGUGGAUAAUCAACAUUAUGAAGUUGCAGAACCACGUCAAAAAGAAAUUGAUCGUAGAGCUAGAGAAGAAGAUAUUAUUAUUGCUAAUGAUAGUACUCCUUCACGGUUUGAUUUUGCUCAUUUUGAUUUUUCGCCAACAAAGAAAACUUUCUGGAUUACUAAAUUACAUAAAGAAGGUAGAAAAAGAAGAUCGAAUUUACCACUUGAUAUUUCCACAGAAGAUAUUCCUGAAAACACUAAAGAAAAUUAUCAACAUUAUUUAGAUGAAUCAUAUGGAAUAGUUGACUGGCAAUCAAAAGAACAUGUGGCCCGAGAAAUGGAAGAUAUUUUUUUACGCGGUGCUAGUGAAGCAUUAACGAAAUACAUUGAGCAUGAACUUCAUCCUGCAAUCAAAGAAACCCUUAUGAUUUCAAUGGGAUAUACAAUAAGUUACGGAUAAUAUAACUUAUAAUUAUUACAAUAAUAAUUUUUCUAUCAUCACUUCAUUGUCAUUUACUUUCUAAAUGAAUAGAACACACUGGCUUUGAGAGAAAAACUAUUGAAAAAAAUUUGUGGUCUAGUCCUUGCGUUAUGUAAUAUUUAUUCAAAAUACAUUCCAUUAUUAUUUAUGAUCUUAAAUAUCGUAAAAGUAUACAAGCUUGUUCAUAAAAUGUAAAAUAUAAUGCACUAGUUACAGUCGCUUUAGUUUGACUAGGAAUGAGUCCUUUAAAUAAACCUAAAAAUC